GGCGGUGCUGCGCGGGGGGCGGGUCUCGUGGGGGAGUUUAUCCCGCUCGAAGGGAACAGCUUCUCCCGCUCGAGGCUUGACAGCGCCAGCGGUUACAAUGGUUGACACAGAAAUGCCGUUUUGGCCCAUUAACUUUGGAAUUAGUCCAGUGGAUCUGUCUGUGAUGGAUGAUCAUACGCAUUCCUUCGACAUAAAGCCAUUUACCACUGUUGAUUUUUCAAGCAUCUCUUCACCGCACUAUGAAGAUAUUCCUCUUGCAAGAACUGAUCAGACCAGCAUUGAUUAUAAAUAUGAUAUCAAGUUCCAGGAUUGCCAAAGUGCGAUCAAAAUGGAGCCUCCUUCCCCACCCUACUUCUCAGAAAAGGUUCAGUUGUACAAUAAGCCUCAUGAGGAGUCUUCCAACUCCCUCAUGGCUAUCGAAUGCCGUGUGUGUGGGGACAAGGCUUCUGGAUUUCAUUACGGUGUGCACGCGUGUGAGGGCUGCAAGGGCUUUUUUCGAAGAACAAUCAGAUUAAAGCUAAUUUAUGACAGGUGUGAUCUUAAUUGCCGCAUCCAUAAGAAAAGCCGAAAUAAAUGUCAAUACUGCAGAUUUCAGAAAUGCCUUGCCGUCGGAAUGUCACAUAAUGCCAUCAGGUUUGGGCGAAUGCCACAAGCGGAGAAGGAGAAGCUCUUGGCAGAGAUUUCCAGCGACAUCGACCAGUUAAACCCUGAAUCUGCUGAUCUACGAGCACUUGCCAAGCAUUUAUAUGACUCAUACAUAAAGUCCUUCCCUCUGACCAAAGCCAAGGCGAGGGCGAUCUUGACAGGAAAGACAACAGACAAAUCACCAUUUGUUAUUUAUGACAUGAACUCUUUAAUGAUGGGAGAAGAUCAGAUCAAGUGCAAGCAUGUGUCACCACUGCAGGAGGAGAACAAAGAGGUAGCAAUUCGCAUUUUCCAGCGAUGCCAGUUUCGCUCGGUGGAGGCAGUGCAGGAGAUCACAGAAUUUGCCAAGAACAUUCCAGGUUUUGUGAAUCUUGACCUGAAUGAUCAAGUAACUCUCCUGAAAUACGGGGUCCAUGAGAUCAUAUACACUCUCCUGGCUUCUCUGAUGAAUAAAGACGGAGUUCUUAUUUCUGAUGGACAGGGAUUCAUGACACGAGAGUUUCUGAAGAGCCUGAGAAAACCUUUUUGUGACUUUAUGGAGCCCAAGUUUGAGUUUGCUGUGAAGUUCAAUGCACUGGAAUUAGAUGACAGUGACCUGGCAAUAUUUAUAGCUGUCAUUAUCCUAAGUGGAGAUCGCCCAGGUUUGUUAAAUGUGAAGCCCAUUGAAGACAUACAAGACAACCUUUUGCAAGCUUUGGAGCUCCAGCUAAAGCUGAAUCACCCAGAAUCAUCCCAGCUCUUUGCAAAGUUGCUUCAGAAAAUGACGGACCUCAGACAGAUUGUAACGGAACACGUGCAGCUGUUGCAAAUAAUAAAGAAAACGGAGACAGAUAUGAGUCUUCAUCCACUCCUACAAGAAAUCUAUAAAGACUUAUAUUAAUGACAUCAUAGUUCUAAUCCGCUGACAUAAUGUAUGUUCUUCAGAUUGCACUAUUUCUUUGAGGGAAAACUUUGCAUACCUAAGAAAUUACUGUGAAACAGCAUAUAAAAAGAGAGAGCUUAGUAUAGCAGAUCUAUUUUAUGCAUAUUGUUUAUAAAGACACAUUUACAAUUUACUUUUAAUAUUAAAAAUAUCUAUAUCAUGAAAUUGUGAGCAGUAUUUUCAGAAUGAAUUUUAUGAACUACCUUAUUUCUUAAAAUUGCUUCUCCAGUAUGAUUGAUGCUUCACUGAGGUUGGUUAAGCAUGCAGUUAAAUUUUCAACUUAAAAAUAAAAAUCUUUCUCCUUAUGCAUUUCUAGGCAAACGUUUUAAGCAUUAUGUUUGAUUUUGUGCUCCCAAGGCAGCAGCAAAAUAGCAAUUAAAUUGAAUUACAGAUUAGAGCUUCAAAGGCAAGAGUUAGAAAUGCCAGGUCUGGCAAUGUUUGUGCCUCCCGUAAUGUCAUUUCACGCUGAUAGAGGUCUGUGAAAACAUCUCGGUGUAAGAAAGAGUGAAGCCCAUCAUGUGUGGGCAAAUCCAACAACUAGAUGCCAUUUCAAUGAAUUAAGGAAUCGCUCUUAGGCAGCCGAGUCUUGUCGCUCCUGCUGCUCCUGCGAGGCUGAGGCAGGUGGAGCCGCAGCGUGUUUGGGGAUGCCCUGCUGCGGCUGACGAGGCUCAUCCCACUUCAGCCAGUGCUAACGCAGCUUCCAGCCACCCUCCGGAGUCUGUAGUUGGAGUAGGUUUGCACAAACCACUUGGCCUGAGACCUUCCCAAAUGAUUUGAUGAACUAUCAUCAAGCAGCAUAUUCAGUCCAAUCUGUCAUGGAACAUUGGAAUAGCGUGACUCCUCCCAAAUAAAAGCAAGGUUUGAACUCAUUCUUUAAAACAUGAACCGGUAAUAGAAACCCUGCUAUUUUAGUUUGACCUGAGCUGUCACUCUUUAUCACUGGGAACAAGAACUCUUUGAGAUGUUCACUGCUGAUUGUUAAUUGUCUUAUAUACGUUGCCCUGCAAUAUCACUGCAGAUUUCCACCAGGAGCAAAGCAUCAGAGAGUGAAUGAAUUUAACGGAAUGUAAAGUUCCUUACACAGUCUUCUUUGGCAUCCUCAGUACUGGUGUGAGACUCCUUUUAAGUUCACACUUUGCCUGCCCACGUUUACUGCUUGUGAAUGAGACCCCUGACAGAGUGAAGCUGCUGUCCUCCACGCUGGUGGACCAAAAAAGGGAAUGCUGGAAAUAAAACCACUUAUUGUAACAUGUAUUGAAGUACGGAGGGGUCCUCAAUUGAAUAGCCUUGGCUUCCUCACCAUGUCUGUAAUUUAUCUAUGUAGCAAAAAUCGUGCCUUAAAGUUAGUGAGAGAAGUUCAGUACGUAAGAGGACCGAGAGGUAAUGUAAGUGUGUAUGUGAGCAGGCUGGAUCUUCAGGGAGUGCAAAUUGGCCUUACUCCCAGGGUAGACCUUGGAAAUCAAAGUUGGUGCAAAUUAUGCAAUAAAGAGGCUGAUAGAGGCAAAUACUAAAGUGAUCCUUAAGUUCAUGCCUUCUGCACGUGAAAGUGGUUAUUACUACUUCGGUCAGAUAACCUCUGGGCCCGUGGCCAGCAGGAAGCAUUGUGCCUACCAGGAAGGUUUAAAACCUACAGGUAAAAUCACACUGAGAUGAAGUCAGUGUGAGGCUAAAGCGAACAGCUUUGGUCUCCACUGAGUUUGCAGUGAGAUCGUUUCAAGUAACUUAGAAAUGAUUGCCCUAAAGCAAACGGAACAUUGCACAUUAGUGCUCCAGGUUGUGCAUUUCCGUCACAUUUUGGGAUAGACACGUGGUGCUAGCAUCGGAUUCUGACAGGAAUUACACAUCCACUAAUUUGUGGGUGUUACAAUCCAAAAGCAAAUAUUCUCUCUCCCCUUGAGUUGUUUUCCACUGGACACUGGCCAUUUGAAGCUCUGCCAGUAGUGGGAGAACCUCUAUCUAAUUGCAGAGUUCCCCGCUCCUGUAGGAGGACACAUCAAAGCCUGGCACUGAGAUGGACCAUAGCCCCAACACUGAAUUCCUAGAAUAAUAACGCACAGCCGGAACGAUUCACCUGAGCCUGCGUUUCCUAUACAAUCCAGGUUUAUAUCAGCCUCACUAGCAAUGAGAGGUCCAAAUCAGUCUGCAAUAAAGAAGAAUUCCAGGGCCUGCUCUUCUGUAAGCAAUGUUAAACGUUGCUUGGGAAGGGAGAGAUGCACUGACGAUGAAAUUCAGUUCAUGAAUUUGUUACGGGGAAAAGCUCUCUGUAACCAAGAACCUCAUGAAUUCAAAGAGGCGAAUUAUACUUUCUUGCAAGUGGUACCAUUUUCGAAAGCAGCUGUUUAGCAGUGAUGGCGUUUAAGCCGUUCAGUCCAACGAGACGGGUACAAUCCAUCUGCUUUGAGCGUGGCAGCGGAAUGGUGGGCGCAAUGGUCUAAGGAUAACAGAGGAGACGGCUUUGCAGGAACAGGUGCUACCCUUUACUAGGGUGAAGGGACCGAACGCCCCAACACCUAUACUUUUCUUUCAACUGUAUAAGCUGCUCUAAUAAAAUAUAUUGUUCUCCCUACAUCCUGUCUUCUCUUACAUUUUGAUGGUUAUUCAUCAUGUUUUCCUCAAGCCAUGGAAAAUGUUAAUUUUCAUGUGAAUUACUAAUCACAGAAAUGUUCUGAUUCUAAAUGGUUACAUCAUGGUAAGGAAGUUUUGCCUAAAAUACUUUUCUACAAGAAUAGGUCUUAAGGGAAAAAUGUUCAUUUAAUGGACAAUUGGUAUGUACUAAUUUAGAACAAAUGACUGUUAUGAGGAUAUGAAAACAUUUUCUCAAAAACCAGCAUUUUCUCUUGUGAAUUAUAUUCAGAAUUUUGAUCUAAUUGUAAAUACUUUCUGUUUCUAUGGGACUUUAUUUAUUAA